UCAAGGAGCAAGGAAGAACCUUUGGUCUCAAGAAGUGUUGUGCUGUAAACACUGCAGCCAGGAGCUGGAAAAGAAAGAGGCUGUGUGCCAGGACUUGAAAAGAGAGUUGGAGACUGCUCACAAACGUCUUCAUCUCUCUGUAAGGAAGCAGAGAGCAAUGUCAGAGCAGGUCCAAGAAAACGAGAAGCUUGUGGAAUCUCUAAUUGCAGAAAACACUGAGAUGAAGGCUAAACUGAAAGACAUGGGCACAUCUCCAAGGUUGCUAUCCAAGGGAAAUGUCUCAAAAGCCUGUUCAUCCUGUGGCUCUGUGAAAGGGCUGGAAGAAAUGCGUGCGCAGUACAUUAAAUCUGUGAGCAAGAUAAAGAGUAAGUACAAGAGGUUCAGUUAAAAGGUUGGGAGACCAAAAUCAUUUACUUGGUACUUUUUCCUCCUUCUAUUAACUCAGCCUGGGAAUCUGACAGCCAGGUCACCUAAGAACGCCCAGUUGAUUUCUUACUGGGGGGAAUGUUGCAAUAGUCUGGGACAAGCUUCAUUGUGUGGUAUGAAGCCUUGUUAUGCUGUCCCUGCCUUGUUGCACUGAUUUCUGUUUCUCAGA